CAUACGGCGGUGGAUCGCUCGCAGACCGCCCCGCCUCCCAAGACCUGCCCGCCGCGAUGCUGGCGCGCCUCGCCGGGCUCGGCGCGCGCGCGGCGGUCCGCCGCACGGCGCCGCCGCUGCACGCCCGGGCGGGGCAGCGCCUGUUCUCCGAGUACGAGGGCCAGAACGUCACCGACGACCAGCUGGUGAAGAAGUCCGAUGACUGGGCCAUCGAGGAGACGAACUUCUGCCUCGGCAGGACGAGCUUCGUGCGCUUCAAGGAGACGGACGACCUCGCGCGCCGUACCAAGCACCUGAUGGACACGCAGCUGGCCAAGCAGCACACCCGCCUGCGCGACGGCACGGUCACCCCUCUCUACUCCCGAGGCAGUUUUUGCCCAGUGCUGGCCAGGACAUGUCUGCAGAGGGUCAGACGUCGGGCGGGGCGCAAGGUGCUGGCCGGCCUUGGCGAGGUGACCAACAUCAGCGUGGUCAGCGGGUCGCCCGUCUACCCGCACAAGCCAGUCAUCCUGGAGCUGGAGGCGUGUCGCCAACGGCCGUGGGUUCGGGUCGUGCCAGUGCCCAAGCCCUUCCCUGUCCAGCGGCCUGCUGGAUGUGCUCGCGUCGCCCACGGCGACCGCUGGGCCGAGAUCGGCCACGAGCUGCAGAGCGUGCUGGCAGGCGCGCAGGAGUCGGAGUGCCUGGACGUUUCCCGUGUGACCUCACCGCCGCCCGUUGCGGGGCCCGCGAGUGAGGGAAGAUCGUGCCACUUGGAGGAGUGUGUGCGGGAUCAGGUCAAGGGUAGCACCGACGUCAAGGGUAACCUCACCGCCGCAUGGCAGAGGUCCCUCGACGCAGCCGAGGACGAGUGGAUCGACAUCUACCAGGUCGAGGAGGACAGGAUCAAGCACAAGGGGCGAGCUCGCCCCGUGGAGCCACGUUGGCUUCGGCGGCUGCCCGUGAGUGGCGCGCGCUGGCCGCGGGUCUCGGCUGAGGCGACAUGGAUGCACCGUGCUGCCAGCCUGCUGCGGGACAUCGCCGACGUGGAGCAGCCCAACGCGCGUCUCGACGCUUUUCGAGGUGCGCGUAGGCUGCUAGACAGAGCCCCAGCCACAGUGAAGGCGGCACCUGAUGCUGGCGAGGUUCUGUCCUGCCCUCAGGUGUUGCCCCAAGCUGUAGCAUGGUGGUCGCUGCUUAGCAACUUGCGCUUGGCGGCGCUGACCCCCGCUGAGCUGCUGCAGCUGCACGCUGGGGCGCAAGCGGUGGCGCUCGACAUGGCUGAGAAGGACAUGGCCCAGCGCACCGUCCAGUUCCAGCACUGGGUCGAGAAGCAGGCCGAAGGCGGUGGAGGUGGUCUACAUGCGGUGUCCCGCCUGCCCGUCGGGUUCGACUCCAGCCCGUGCGGCGACGCCGAGGACGACCAGGACGCCGACGACCACCAGCAGCUUUUCGAGCCCAUGGACCUGGGGCAGCAGGUCACGGCGCUGGAGGUCGAGUGGAGCCGCUGGUCAGGACCCGCUGGGCAGCGGCCAGCGUCGCCACGCCAUGGCCGAGCAACGGUGCAGAUGGACCAUGGGCCGAAUCCCAUGGAAGGCAAGCAGUCAUCCAUCAAGCUCACGCUGAAGGAGCGAGGGUAUCUCGCGUCCGUUGUCACCGACGGCCAGUGGUGCCAGAGCCGCAAGUACGAGAAGGGCAUGGCCUCUGACGACUCGUGCUUGCUGUGCGGCGAGGUCGGCACCCUGCUCCACAGGCACUGUGGCAGCUGCGCAGGUUGGCCGCCAGAGCUGAAGCUGCCCGACAAGAUGCGCGAGCUGGCGGCGAGGUCGGACAUGCCCGAAGUGCGCUGCCUGCUGGAGCGCGUGCUGUGGGCGGCGCCGACUGGCAUCGUCAAGCCAGCCCCGUCGCCGCACGUCUGCUGGCUGGGCGAGAGCGACGGCUUCUUCCCCUCUGGCGAGCUCUACCUGGACGGCUCGCAGUACGAGGGCGACUUCGAGCAGUACGCGAGCGUCGCCUGGGCCGUCAUCGCGCUCGAGGCCGACGCCGACGCCUUCCUGUGCGGGGCGUCGGGGAUGCUGUGCGAGCCCCACGUCGACAUCAACGGCGGCGAGAUCAUGGCGCUCCUGAUGGUCCUCAGGUUCGCGGUGCCGCCCGUCGCCGUCGUCGUGGACAGCGGCUUCGUGCACCGCGGCCUGCUGGAGCUGGGCCCGAGGCGCACCACCGCGCACGGCGCGGCGUGGGCCCACCUCUGGAGGGAGGUUUGGGCCAAGCUGGAGGACUUCGGCGGCCUGGGCGACGGCGGGCUGAAGGUCAGGAAGGUCCCCGCCCACCAGACGCAGAGGGCGAUGGUCGCCCACGGGAAGAUCUCGUACCGCGACUGGCUGGGCAACGGCAUGGCGGACAAGGCCGCCAAGUCGGCGGCGGCGGCAGGACGGAUCCGCCAUCAGGAUCGCAGGAGGCUCGUCAUGGCCGACAAGCUGGUCGAGGGCGUCGCGCUCUGGGUGUCGGCGGUGGGCGGCGCGCUGGACGGCAGGGACACCACCCACCGCGUGGCGAAGCCACAGCGCCCCGCGCCGAAGGCGCUGCUGGCGCAGCCGGCCGCCAGGCUCUCCUGUGCCUGGCGCGGGGAGCCUGGCAAGCGGUGGUGCAGCCGCUGCCGCUGGGUGGAGCGCGCAGGCGAGUGCCCAGGCACCAUCGUGCCAGCGGCGCUCCAGCACAACGCCGAGCUGGCCGCCAGGGGGCUCAGCACGCACGUGCUCGUGCGCAUCGAGCCCGAGCGUGACGUCGAGCUGCGCCGCGACAUGCCGCUGGUCGCGUGCGCCGCCUGCGGAGCCGUGGGGGCGGCCAGGGCCUCCAGCUUCGCGCCGCCGUGCGGCCGCGCGUCGGCCAAGGGGCUGCUGGCCGUGGCGCGCCUGGAGAAGCGGCUCGCCCCAGCGGUCUCGGGCAAGCCGGGCCCCGUGCACAUCUUCACCGAGCAGCCGCUGCUGAAGUGGACCUGGGACGAGACCUACGACGAGGCCUACGAGAAGCCCGAGGGCGCGAAGUGA